AUGGCACCGGUUACUAGGCGUAAUGAGCACCCUGAAGGCUCCACAGAACCAGCACCGAAUGAGCCUGAGGUAUUGGCUGCUGCUACUACCAGACUUCUUCAAUACCUUGCUGAUGAUCAGGGUUUAGGAGUGAGGAAUCCCAGGGUCGGUUGCACCCUAAACCAGUUUACGCAACAGCACCCUCCGACUUUUGACGGCAAAGCAGAAGCACUUGAUGUAGAGAGUUGGAUAAAAAGAAUGGAAAAGAUUUUCAGAGCUCUGUUCUGUACUGACAAACAGAAGGUAGAGUAUGCCACUUAUGUGCUGGCUGAUGAGGCAGAUGAGUGGUGGACCUCUACCCGGGAGCUACUGCAACUUGAACUUGGUGAAGGGGUACCCAUCACUUGGGACCGCUUCAAAAAGGCCUUUUUGGACCGAUUCUUUUCUCCUGCACUCCGGGAGAGGGACCCAGGCUUGAAGAUAUCCCCGUUGUCGGAAUUUUCGGAUGUGUUUCCGGAGGAUCUUCCAGGGUUGCCCCCGGACUGGGAGGUUGACUUUUCAAUUGAUCUUUUACCUGGGACGGCACCUAUAUCGAAGGCACCUUACCGUAUGGCUCUAGUGGAGCUGAAGGAGCUUAAGGAGCAGUUGAAGGAGUUGUUGGAGAAGGGUUACAUCGGCCCUAGUGUGUCACCAUGGGGCGCACCGGUUCUUUUUUGUGAAAAAGAAGGACGAUUCAAUGAGACUCUGCGUUGA